GCAAGUAGCAAAACUCAGAGACGAGGUACAACUAGAAUGACACAUUCACAUCUGGAAAGACAUACAAGAUCGAAAACUAACAUUUUAGAGCCCCCUCUAAACAUUACAUCCACCUCAAUAAAUGCUCCAAAAAUCAUGGUUGGCAACACAGCUGUCUGCAAACCAUGGACUCCUGCUGAGAUAGUUGGAAUGACACAAAAUGCCCCCAAUCCGACCACAAACCCAGAUGAAUACUGGGGAUGGUUAAGAUAUGUAUGCUCUGUGUAUAACUGUCUGAUACCUGAUGUUGAACAAUUACUUGCUGGCUCAUACAGAACGGAGUGGGAUUUGUGCAAAGGUGAAUUUCUUUUCCCUGCUCGGACAGAGGAUGGCCAGUGGCCUCCUCAUAGAACCAUGAUUGACUGGUUAAAUGAAGAAGCAAGAACAGUUGUAAAGUGUCUGCUAAAAGAGGUAAUCCCUAGGUACGGAGUGCCGCAGGGAAUAGAUAGCGACAGAGGUCCAGCUUUUGUGUCAAAAAUCACUCAGGGACUGUCAGAAAUCUUAGGAUUUAAGUGGCAGUUACAUGUUCCUUAUCAUCCACAGAGUUCAGGUCAAGUUGAGAGAAUGAAUGCAACUAUCAAAGACAGAUUGACCAAAACAGUCCUAGCCACAGGCCUGAAAUGGCCUGAUGCACUGCCGAUUGUGCUGUACUCCAUUCGGAGUGCACCAAGUGCAACUACAGGACUGAGUCCUCACGAGGUGCUGAUGGGAAGACCAAUGUCCACAGGGACAAGUCCCCCACUGACACCACACAAAGCUACUCUGCUUUGGACGGAUGAGUUCAUGACUGAGUAUGUGAAAAGACUAACAGAGAUUUUGAGAAAGUAUCAUUUACAGGUGGCUGACAGACUCCCCAAACCAUCGGAAGAACCAAUUCAUUCCUUUCGAGAAGGUGACCUGGUAUUAAUCAAAUCUCUGGAAAAAGUGUCUUUGUCUCCUAGGUGGAAAGGUCCAUACCAGGUGCUGCUGACUACUAGGACGGCCCUGAAGGUCGAAGGCAGAGCAGAAUGGAUCCACGCCACAAGGUUCGGGCAGGGGACAGGUCAAGUCGGUCCAAAUGAGAGAGAGACAGGAGUCUCUCUGAUUCCAGGCGAAGGAGAGCGGAAAGGCUUUCCUUCUCAUGACACAGUCGGUGCCAUGAACCCAGUGCCCCAUGGACAGGGGCGCCCUUUGCAGAAUGAUCCAGAAAAUGCAGACCAAGAGCCAGAUCUUGGACAUACGGACAAAUCAAUGAGCCCAUUGGGACUCUACAACACUAUGGCGGUGGUCUACAUAUGAUAAAACACUGUUUGAGACGAAGCAGAGUUCAUCCACGUCGACGAAGAGGAUCACUCCAGGAGGAUGGAUUCCACAUCACCAUGCAUCGUAUGUGCUAGUAACCUCUCCAUGGUGAUGGCCCUCUACUGUACGCAAAGUGCAUGGGUUGAAGACUUCACUUUGUGAUUGAUUUGUUUUAUUGUUAUGAUGUAAUCAAAUGUUUGUAUGACUCCCCUUUAAGUUGCUAGGAUUUCAUCUAGUAAGAGGCAGGAAGUGUCUUGUCUUAGGUUGUUUGCGCAUGUGACUGGUGACCUCUGUCAAUGACCUCCUUUAACGCUUUGGUGUUCUAGGAGAUCUUCUUUGAGGAUUUGCCUCACUACUGCCCCUGGUGGUUGGAAGACAGAACUCAUGGGUCACAUGACAGUUGUUUUAAAGGGGUACAUAAGAGGGGUUUUUUAUCUAAUUUACUGAUUGUUUGCUUUUAUUGUUAUUGCAUUAUGUGUUUAAAUGAUUAUGUGUUUUGAUGAUUUUACUUUUGAUUUUGUUCAAUGCAAUUGUUGAUUCUUGUAUUACUUUUGUGUGAGAAUUGUUAUCUGUUGUGCGGAUGUUGUUUCUACUCUGUUUGUGCCCUUACAGUCCACCAGUCCAGUCAUAAAUUGGUAAUUUGUAUUGAUCUUUUGAUCAAUAAGAGGGGAUUGUUAUGGAUAUUCCAUAACUGACCAGGACAACAGAAUGUCAAGCUGUACUCCUCUGUUCUCUCAAACAGAAGAUAACACAUGUUGUUUAAUAAAC